CUCCCUGCUAGCCACUCUCUGUGAGUAACAGGCAGCAGCAGGUCCUCCAGUUGCAAUGCAGGAGGCUCGCUAGAAGACAGUUCGAGAGGGAUUUUCACGAGAGCACAAGUCACUUUUGGGGUCCCACUCCUCCUGCGCAAUAACUCUGCAGCAGCAAAUGGCAGACACAGAGAAGAAGAGGCCCCUGAUCGCUGCCCGUGAGAGAGGACCAGGUCCUGGUAGAUAUGGGUUACCCCCAACCAUCGGCUUCAUCGGCCAUGAUUUCACGAGAGCCACCGGCCCAGCAUACUCCUUUCACGGGAGGAUGAGUAACGCAAUGUACUUUGUGGAUUCGAGCCCCGGACCCCGGUAUUACAUUGAUGCCAAAGUGACCCGCUUUGGAAGAGACGGCACCCCAGCGUACUCAAUGCUGGGCAGAAUCAGAGACUCCUCUGCUUUCCAGACCCCAGGACCGGGGGCUUACAGCCCUGAAAAUGCCCCUCACCUGAACAGACAACAAAGGCCUCCAUCUUACACCAUGGGCUCUCGUACGAGGUACCGCACGACGGACACGGUGCCAGCGCCCAACAAGUACACCCUGCCUGUCCUGCUGGGGUCCAGAGUGCCCACCAAGCCCGCCAGCGCCAGCUACACAGUGUCAGGUCGCACUAAAUCAGGGGGCUACUCGGAGGACCUGUCUCGUACCCCAGGCCCAGGCAGGUACAACAGCACGGACCCCAGCACCUAUCUCCCCAGACAGCCGGCGUUUUCUAUGCUGGGCCGCUACGAGUUGCCUUCCGAUGCCACCAAGAAGCCAGGGCCUGGAACCCACAGCCCGGAGAAGGUCACGGUCCACAGGCCUCGGCCGCCUGCCUACUCCCUCGGGGUCCGGCAUUCCGAGUUCGUGACCCCACUCGUUAUCGGCACGUCCGAUUUAGAAAUGCCGAUUUAAAAAGGCUCGGAGUUACUUAAUCUCUUUCCUCCAGUGCAAAUGUUUUUUUUUUCUUCAAUAUUGUUUCUAUACAACUAAGCUUUCAUUGCUAACAAGUAAGAAACUUUAAAAGGUGCAAAUUGGAGCCUGAAUGAAUUAAUAAAUGGUCUGUGAAUCCUAUAAAUUCUUGACAGCAGAACAGCUAAUAAUGUACGUCGUUUGGUUCCAUGCUUUAGGCUGACCACAAUAUUCUGCCACGUCAUUUGUGUGAUGGAUCCUCUAAUGCCUGCCAAAUAGCCGAGUUUCCAUUGCCUGAGCCAUGUUCUGAAAAACGGCGGGCAGUGCAAACGGACCAUAUGCAAGAGCUGAAAAUCCAAUGACAAAAAGGCUUUAAUUGGCAAAA